GACUGAUUUGUGUUCCUGCGGUGGUCGUCCGAAAGUGUAUGAGAAAAACGGAAUUGUAAACUAAAUUGUUUCGAAUUUAGUGAAUAAUCCAGCUCUAGAAAAUAGCCACACUGAGUGCUGCUAGUAAAUACUCGCUCUGCCUGAAACUGCAGCCCGCCGUGGAAGAAAUUACAUUGGUUACCGGCCCGAAUUAUGCAAAACGUGGAGCUCGUAGUAGAACGCAGGCUUCGGCCUAUUUUCGAGUCGAUAGAGAUCGGUAAUUACAAAAAGGCUCUGCAGGAUGUCGAAAAAGUGUUAAAGAAAAACCCCUCUAUCCAGUGUGGACGCGCGUUGAAGGCCUUGGCUUUCAUCCGUCUAGGACGGGAUGAGGAGAGCGCUGGAAUUAUUCGAACUUUAGAACAGGAAAAUCCGACGGACUCGACUACGCUGCAUGUACUGACAAUGUGCUAUAAGGAAUCCGAACAGCUGGACAAAAUUUGUCAGCUAUUUGCUAGUGCCUCAAAACAACACCCUGGUAAUGAGGAGCUGCUGUCACAGCUUUUUGUCGCUCAUAUGCGAGUGAAUGACUUCAAGGCCCAGCAAACGGUUGCUCUGCAGCUGUACAAACUCAAACCCCGCAAUCCGUUCUACUUCUGGGCUGUAAUGAGUGUAGUUUUACAAGCGCUACGCGGUCCAGACUCAAACGAUCAACAAAAGUCGAGUAUUUUACUGGCCCUGGCCCAACGCAUGGUCGAUAAGCUGAUUGCAGAGAACAAGCUUGAAGCGUCCCAGGAAGUGCAGUUAUACCUACAGAUACUACAACAUCAGCGAAAAUUUCAGGAAAUGUUAGAUUUUCUAGAUGGAACAGUAUGUCAUAAGUUAUACCCCGGUGUGCCACAUUUGACGAAAAUCGAACUACUAAAAAAACUUAACAAAUGGGCCGAUCUCAAUAAACUGAUGAAAGAACUGCUUGUGGAUGAUCCGGACCGUUGGGAUUAUUACCAGGAGUAUAUACAAUCUACGUUUGAGCUCAUCAAAAAUCAAGAGAAACCACCCGAAACUGAUUAUACGGUUGAUAUGUGUCACGAGUUCAUUUGCGGGAUUAUGGAAUCCCAGUCCCGGAAACAUCGUGGUCCGUACCUUGCCCGAUUAGAACUACAUCGUUUGAUGGUGCAAAGCCAAUAUGAUAAAGAGCAACUUUUUGGUGAUAUGUCUGACUUGCUUUUGGAUUACUUCCGUAUGUUUGGUCAUAAAACGUGUUGUGCGAACGAUCUGAAACUGUUUCUAGAGUACAUUGAACCGGCCGAACGACCCGGUUUUGCCGCCAAAUUGAUGCAGGAAUGUCGCAUCAAUCCUGUGACUCUACCUAGCAAUAAAGAACACAUGCAAAGACACAUUUGUUCGCUCCAGAUAGCACGGUUUUGCGGGGCACAUGCUACCCUUACGGAAGAGCAUCUGUCGGCUCUCUACACUGCCCUCAGUUUGCAUUACGAGCGUGGAUACAACAGCUUUGGCCAAGGACUACUGCCGACCGAUAUGGGUCCAUCCGAUCCGUACGCGCUGCUAGCAGUCAAUAUUAUGUAUGAUCGCUCCUGGAAACUGCAACGUUCGGAGCCCCUGGUGGAGGCCCUCUGCCUACUCACGCACUUACUGUCCAACAGUAUAAACAACUUCCACGCCAAGCUGCUCUGCAUGCAGUUGUACCACAGGUUGGGUCUCGUCGAAGCGGCCCACCGAGCGUACGAAUCACUUGACAUCAAACACAUCCAACUCGACUCGCUCGGCUAUCUGCACUGUGGCCAACUGUGCAAUGGUGGCUUUCCGGGAUUGGCCAAGCAGGUGUACGAUCAGACGCUACACUUCUUCAUCCACCAGAACAGCGUGGAGUUCCUAAAGACUUCCUACAACUUUGGCUCGUUCUCCAAACUGAUUGAAUUCCUUGACUUCAGGGAUCGGUUAUCGAACAGUUUGCACUUUACGCUUAUUUCCGUGGAAGCACUACUGCUGGAGAUGGUUUGCUUCAGCGGAACACUGGCACAGAAUCUUGCUGCCUAUCGGUUGAUGCGGGUGAAACCACACGAGGAUCGGAUUAAAUGGAGCGAGUUAAGUGACAAUCGCGAUAUGACGAUAUUUGUCCACUGGGAUCCGGUUGUAGACUACUCGAAAGUGCUUCCUCCCGAUGAUGCUGAAACCACACUGAAUAACAAGGUUGUAUUGGAGCCUAAAACGGUUGAACAGCAACGGGAAGAAGAUCGGAAGGAUAGUUACGAUCAGGAAACGCAACUGCUUCAGCUACGUUCCGGAAUGUUAAGGCUGGUUUCCUCACUUCUGGAAUUGCACACGAAGGGAACGGAAGAGGACUUCAACACUGCAGUAGAUCUGCGCCAACACUGGGAGGAACUGUUUAGAACAAUACGAACGAAGGGUUCGAAACCCACGAGUGGUAAAUUUCUAGUCAAUUGUCUGCCGUCACGAUUGCAUUUAGUGUUACGAAUACCAUACGAAAGCGUGUUCCUGGAUGUGGCAAAUUUCCUGCUGCUAUUGUGGAAGGGCGAGAAGCAUGAUGAGAUACGAACAAGUGCCGAUAGUUGCCUAAAAUGUAUAAACGAUUUGUUUGCGCUGAUCAGCAGUACAAUUAGCGAAUACAAUAAAUCGCCCGAUAUGCUUUGGAAUCGGAAACAGGUUCAUGAUGAUGUCAACGCUUGUAUCGAGAUUGCAUCCCUAUUACUAUUCGUAUUAACCAUUUGCUAUGACAAAUACUCGCAAGCACCCGCCCCGCAACCAACACGGAAGGUGAAAAAGAAAGACUCGGAGCAGAACAAUCACGAGCAUGCAUUAGUAGUGAUGUCCGAGAAGAAUCGUCACCAGCUGAUAGCGGAUAUUUUACGGGCGCUUAAACACAAUUUUGGUGAAUGCGAUGCUGUAUUGGCUUCUUGGGAAAUGCCGCUGUUGUCGGAUUCGCUGGCCACAGCCCUCGAUCAGAUGUCACUCGAAGCCAAAAGCGAAUUUGUGGUGCGAGUUAAGCUGAUGGACAGUCAUUCUGGGGAGAUCAAAGAACUGAGAAAGUUACUGAAAGACAAAUUGAAGUUGUUCCCCAAAGCAAUUUAAUAACCGAGACAGUUAAAAAACGAACGGAACCUAACGGAAAAUUAUGAGAGCGAAAGGAUUGUUUUUUUAUGUAAGGUUGUUAAAGCUGCCGGGAAUGUUCUAUGAAAUUUAUCCUUUGAAGCCUAAUAAGUCAAUGACUGGUAGAGUUUAAGUGAACUCGAAGUAAUGUUUCAUACUAUUCAGAUAUGAACACUGUAGUCCCCACCCUUUGUUCAUCACACUUUUACAUACUCAAAAGAUAUAGUCCCUACAACGAUGGUAGAAUAAGCAAAAAUAAAUGCACGCGAUUCUCCUUUAGACUAUUUAUUUUCUGAAGUUUCUAUUGUUGCGCAAAUUAGGAUAAACAAAAUUUUUCGUAUGCUAGGUGUCAUUACAGUGCCACGACACAUGAGUGAGCAAGCAGCAAUCAAAACUCCUUUAAAACGCUUGAAGAAUGAUAAAGGCACAUAGAAGAAAAAGGCGGCUGAACCCAUUUUUAAAGCAUAGAGUGACAUGUGUGCGUUCAACAUUUGGAUGUAUUUUGUAUGGUGAGUAACGCGGAGAACCAUCCGACUAACACACAACUUAUCAUUACUAUUAACGAUAUUUAAUUAAGUUGAACUAUUUCUAAGAGAUGCAAACCAUUGGACCGAUGGA